AUGACUGUAAAACGGAAACAGAGCCUACAGGAGAGUAACAGCGAUGAAAAGAAUUAUAAGAUGGUGCCCCCUGAAGGAGGUUGGGGAUACCUUGUUUGCAUCGGCUUGUCAGUUAUUUUCAUAGCGGGAACAGCGCACCAACCCGUGUUUGGAUUUAUUUAUAAUGAUUUUCUCAACGACUUGGGAGCUGGUACGGGAGCAGUCACAGUUGUUUAUGGCGUAUUCCAAGUUACUGUGGCUUUAGCGGGGUUCUCGGCCAAUAUAGCUUUAAAAAAGCUAUCACUAAGACAAGUGGGUCUCAUAGGAGCCUUUAUUUACACGUUGGCAUCAUUUUUAGCCAUAUUUGUUGUAUCAACGACACAGUUGAUCAUAACAAAUGGAUUACUACAAGGUCUUGGAAUGGGUUUACUCAUUCCCGUUUCUUAUACAAGUUUCAACAGCUACUUCACGAAAAAGAAAGUACUUUAUCUUAGUUUAUGCAAAGCUUCAAUUGGGCUCAUAACGAUGGUGUACCCACUGUUUAUUAAAUUUACUAUAAUAGAGUAUGGAUUUAGGGGUACGCUGGCUAUCCUCUGUGCCAUAUCAGCACAUAGCAUUUUUGGUGCUAUAGUUAUGCACCCAGUAAAGUGGCAUAUGGUAAAAGAAAUAAAAUCAUGUGAAAAAAUUGUUUUAAUUCCACCUACACCAGCUGUUGAUGAUAAUGAAGAUAAAUUUAAUUUUCCCAAAGUAGAAAAUGGUGGUACCAAGAAUAAAGGAACAAGAUCAGUAGAAAAUUUAUUGAUAGCCAAUAAUAAUAAGCCCAAAAAUGGAUCACAGUUAUUAUUUGUUCCAAAAUUAGAUGACUCUAGAAGAUUAAGUAUUCCUGUAGUUUUAAUACCUGACAAUGCAAAGACUGAUAGUAAAUUCAAUUCUAGUGAUAAUGUAUAUUUAGAAAAUUUGUACAAAGCGGCUUCUGUAUCUAGUUUGGGUAAUUUUGGAAAUAUUGCGGCAGAGCCUAUGCCUAUAAUUAAAAACAAAGAAGGUAAAUGGCAAACGGUAGCAGAGUUUCUUGAUUUAACACUAUUAAAAGACUUAGUAUACGACAACAUUAUUAUAGGGAUGUCGUUGGCAUUUUUUUCUGAUUUGACGUUCUUCACACUAGAACCAUUAUUUCUGGACAAAAAUCAUCUAAGCAGGGCCGAGAUAGCAAACAUAAUCGCAACUGGAGGUGCAACUGACAUGUCAGCACGACUUCUGUUAGCCGUGUCCGGACAAUUCUUCCGAAUGAACAGUCGUUACAUGUUUUAUAUAGGUGCCCUUCUCACUGCCAUAUUCAGAAUUGUGUUCAUACAAUAUACAACAUAUAUUCCACUACUAGUAUUGACUGGAGUAUUGGGAGCAUUAAGGUCUUUCCUACACAUUGCACAGCCUAUCGUUAUGGCAGAACAUGUUCCUAUAGAACGGUACCCACCUGCUUAUGGGUUAUAUAUGUUGCUAGCGGGAUUUAUUAGUUUAACUGUUGGACCUAUGAUAGGUUUCAUCCGGGAUUACACUGGAAAUUAUGUUUUAGCAUUUCUUAUGCUAACAAUGUGCAAUGUAUUCUGUGUUUUGCCUUGGACGAUAGAGGCUGUUUUAAAGUAUGUGAUGCGUAGAAAAUCUAGUAAGGGUAAUCAAGGUUGA